AUGGCCACAUCACCUGCAACUCCCCGUGCUCCACGAAACAACUACGGCCCAACCACGCCAGCGACAUCACGCGUCUCAGCCACGAUCUCGCAUGCCGUCCAGUCCUCGCCGCACUACGCCACCACGCGGCGGCACUCUUUAUACGGCGUCGAAGACAGAGUGAUCAUCGACCCGGGCUCGCGGAUAUGGAAAGUUGGGUUCAGUGGCGAAGGGCGGCCAAGAGACUUGUUCUAUGCUGGAGGCUCAUCCGGCGCACCGCUGUGGAGGCUGAGGAGGGCAGUGGACCCGGUUGAGCGCGCGGAGGAGGACAGGAUCUUGGAGCUGAGGCUGGAGGAUUGUCUGAGAUCGGUGUUUCAUGACUCUUUGUUGGCAGAUCCGAAGGCACGCAAGGUUAUCUUGGUUGAGCACCCGCUGCUGCCUCUUUAUAUCAAGGAAAUCAUUGCAAGAAUAUUAUUUGAGAACCAGGUACCUUCGGUGUCGUUCGCCCCAAGCCAUCUCUUGUCUCUAUUUGCAGUGGGAAGGAUCACAGGCCUUGUGAUAGACUGUGGCCAUCUUGAAUCCGUCGCCCUUCCAAUCUUCGCCGCCAGACCACUCUUCCCUCAAAUUCAGACAACACCGAUCGCUGGCUCCCACCUAACGUCCCACCUCCGUGCCCUGCUACUACUAUUCGCCACAUACCUACCACCGCCUACGUCCCUUAGCACCUCAAUAAACGUCCCAGCAGCGAACCGUGCCACUCGCGUCCCUCAAGAAGUUCUGACCGAUGCAGUGGUCGAAGAAAUCAAAACACGCUGCUGCUUCGUCGGGGAUGUCCUGGACUCCUCUACCUCCCAACAGCAACAGCAGCAGCGCGGAGAGACGCGCGGAGGCGACGACGACCUAGGCUCUGAGAUGGACAUCCCGCCUAGCGACAGCUCGUUCACCACCGGCUCCGAGUUCGGUGGGGGCGCAUCGCAACCCGACUCUGAGUUCUCUAUCAUCACUGGAAGUAGGCAGUCAGGCGACGCAUCCGGGCUCGCUGGUGGUGGAGGGGUGGGCAGGGGCGAAGGCUACCUCCAGGCGCUUGCGAAUAUGUACAAGCGCCACUCGACGGCUACGGACAUCCAGAUGCGGGUUAUGCCCCCACCGGCGCAACAAACGGGUACGGGGCGGGGAACGUUGAUCAUUCCUGGAUGGAUCAGGGAACGCGCGACGGAGGUGCUGUUUGAAGGAGGAGAUGUGGACGAGAGCAGUUUGGCGGAGGUCGUCCUUGAUGCGUUGUUGAAGGUCCCUCGAGAUCUACGCAAAACGAUGGCUUCGUCCAUCCUCGUCUCAGGCGGGACCGCGAUGCUACCCGGGUUCAUUCCAAGACUACACGCCGAAAUCGUGCGCGCCUGCGCUCCUCCUCCGCCACCUCCCAGCCCUUCUAAGACCCCGAGCCCGAGACAUGAGAAGCCUAUGUACGAUAAAUACGCGGGGGUGCGGCCCCUCUUACCCUACUUCGCCAUCCUGAACAACCCGAACCCGCCGCUGGCCGCAUCAGAGAGGGCCAAGGCGAACGCGGGCAAGGCGCCGGCAUUUGCGCCUGCGAUGUUGGCAUGGGUUGGGGGUUCGUUGGCUGGAGCUCUCAAGACUGGAGGCGCAGAAGUUGCCCGCGAGAGAUGGGACGAAGUUGAACAGAGCCAGAACAUGGCAGAUGAUAGCAUGGAUGUCUCGGACGAUCCUCUGCGUGAGGGCCCCAGGAAAAGCAUCCUCCCAGAUUGGACAAGGAUGCCCCUACCUAUGGGCGCUCCGCCUGCAAAUGCUAACGCGCCCACUGUGAGCGUUACAUCUGCCUGA